GAAAAUAGUGGCACUACUCAAAUUCCCUUCCUACUUAAACCCCUCCCCCAAACGCCUCCCCAUUUACAAAACGGAACGGAAACGGAACGUCCCUUCUUCCUUCUCUCUCUCUCUCCAGACGCCGUGCCGCCGCCGUCAACUCCUCCCCGCCGACCACAACCGCGAUGGGAUCCAAACAGAGUCCUGUCACCGGCGACCUUCGAAUUACAAAGACGAGGAGAAGAUCGGCCGCCCGCCGGAGAGCCCAAUUCGGCCCCGGGAAAGACAGAGCUCCGUCGAACUCUUCGGUGUCGGACAAGAUCGAGGCCCUGAGACAGCUCAUUCCUCCGGUGACCGGUGACCGGAAAUCCGAUCAGCUGUUCCAAGACACGGCGAGCUACAUUGUCCUGCUCCGAACACAAGUCGCCGUCUUGCAGAAACUUAUCGAAAUUUACGGCCCAAACAGUAGUAGUAGUUACUGUAAUCCGGCGAUUCCGCAGAAGCAGAACGAAGGAUGAUACGACAGCGUUUUGGAUUUCUCAUUUGAGAUGCAAAAAUUGGUUAUUUUAGACGACAAAAAAAGAAAAGAAAAGAAAAGAAACUCCUUUUU